AUGCAAAUCGACACCCGCAAUCGCGAUUGCGGGGUCACCCCUGCCAGCAUCACGAACUGCACGAAGUUCACCCCAGGCCCUGAGCCAAAGCAGGCUCGGUAUGGCCUCGGGAUCCCAAAGGAUACGAACUACAGUGGAAUCCUGGAGUGCCCUUGCAACUCCCGGUACGGCGGAGACCCGAUGUUUUACCCAGACUCGCAGACGAAAAUUCUCGCCCACAAGUACACCAUUGUCGGUUCGGGUGCCUGCCCUGCUGGGGAGCUUGUGGAGAAUGCCACCAGCUGCUUCGCAGCUGCCACCACUCUGGGCAUCCACGCCUCCAGCUUUGUGAACAGGACCGUGGCGGAUCCCAAGCUUCCGCCAGGAUGCUCUGUGACCGUCGAGCCGAACCAGACGGCAGUGGUCUACUUCAACACAGCUGGCCAGGGAAACUGUACUGCCGCCUCCAAGCGCUCGGGGGAAGGUAUCUCCAAGGUGGGUGUGAAGGUUGCUAUUGAGGUCGAUGCUUCGGACACUUUUGACAUGUCACCUCCGGGCCAAUACUGCGAGAACAACCGGAAGAGCAAAAUCCAAGCGUUCGCCAUGAAGGGCGCUACCCUGGCAGCGGCAGAAGAAGCCAGGGAUCAGUGCAAGCAGUUUUGCUGGGACCAGCCCUCCUGUUGGGGCUGCAGCGUGGACUGCGAAUCGGUGCCUUAUGCCUACGGUGCACUCAUCUCUGCCUGCCAGUGGAACGCCAUCACCUCGUGCGGCACAGUGAUGAAGUGGUCUGGAUCCAUCCGCGGGGACAUUAGCAGGAAGCAACGCGAAGGCGGCCAAGUGACAAUGACUCUGUCUGGACCGGCAGGCGGAUGGUUCGGCGCUGGGUUCAAUGCUUCUGCGAUGGCUGACAGCCCCUACACCCUUGUGGUCAACGACGCUGGCGUGACUGAGAGGAAGAUCGGCACCUGCGGUAGCGAAGCCGAACACUGCCCCGGCGACCUUCUCUCUUCCAGUCUUAAGGUGCUUUCAAGCUCGGUAGUUGACAAUGUCCGCACGGUGGUGGUCACACGCGGUCUUGCUGGAAUCACCAAGAACCACUACUCUUUCAACCCCUACGCGGAUGAGACUAUUCAUUUCAUCACAGCGGUGGGACAGACGCAGACGUUUGCAUAUCACCGUGCUCACGGCCCAACGCAGGUCGCGCUGACCAGCGAGGGGUCCAGCAGCUGCAUUUGCGACAAAGGCCUUACCGGCCGACUCUGUGAAACUGGAGGUGUCAACUGUGCCGAGUUCGAAAAGGAUUGCGUCGCUGCCCCUGCAGGAGAUCUCAAGGCGCAGCAGAAUCCAACAUGCAACUCUCGACAGUAUUCUGGUGGCCUCAGCUGCUGCCACCACAAGCGGAUUAUGCUGGAUGCGGACCAGGAGAUUCGGCCGGAGCUGUUGCGAUACCACAUGAAGUUUCGCUUUUGGUUCCAGGAGUACAAGCCAGCCACCAGCGCGGCUAAGGCCUCCCAUGCCGAUCUUCCGCGCAUCUACUACCAGACGGAGGCGCAUGCAGGCGAGUAUGACAUCCCACCUGCUUUUGCAAGGCCUGGACAUCCGGUUGUGGGCUACCCGCAGUGGCCUGUUGGCACCCCAACGCCCGGCACCAGCUGCAAAGGCUCGUGCCCCGAUGGCCCCGACUGUGAGUGCGUUCACACCAUCACGUAUCACUGGACCGUCAGCAACAUCCGCCUCAUCUAUGCUGGUGGGCACUGUCACGCUCCAAGCUGCAUCUCCAUUGAGUU